AUGUCCACUGCUAUUACUGCUACCGUCCUUACUGAAAAGCCUUUAGAACAUAAGGUCUUUGUAGGCAACUUGUCUUUUAAGACUUCAAAGGACACCUUGACUGCCUUUGCAGAAGGUUCCGGUAAAGUUUUAGAGACCACAAUUAUCACCAGAGGAACACGGUCCCUUGGUUAUGGUUUCAUUAAAUUUGAAACUGAAAAAGAGGCCCAAAAGGCUUCUCAAGAUUUAAACAAGCAAUCAUUGGAUGGUCGUGAGAUCAACGUUGAAGUAGCUCGUCCAAAGGCUGAAGGUGAAGUGCGUAAAACACGUAAAUCAAAGCGUGCCGCAAAGAGCAAGUCCAAUAACGAUAGCGAUGAUGCUACUGUUGAGGUGAAGAAGGAAGUGCCCGUUAAAAAGAGCAAGAAGACCAGAGAAGUUAUUACCCCUUCUACUACUUCUGAAAGUGAUGGUGAAACUACAGCUGCACGUCGUAAGCGUAACAAGAAGAACAAGAAACGUCAAAACAAGAAAACCGAGAAGGCUGCUCGUAUCACUGAACCUUCAAAGACCACCCUUUUCGUUGCUAACUUGCCUUAUGCUACUACUGAUGAGGACUUGAACGAAAUCUUUAGCGCAUACAAGUUGGUCUCCGCCCACGUUGCUCGUAUGAAGAAUGGUAGAUCCAAGGGUUAUGGUUUUGUUGAGUUUGUCAACGAAGAUGAUCAAGUUAAGGCUUUGGAGUCUGUCAAGGACGUUAUUUUGGAAGGCCGUGCCAUCUACUUGAAGAUUGCUCUUUCUGAACAAAAGAGUCUCCCUGUUGACGAAUUAAAACAAGAGGAUACAAAGCUUGCCCAAGCUAAAAAAGCAGACACAAAGCCUGCUACCCGUGAAGUAAAGGAAGAGCCAAAGGUUACUGAGGUGAAGAAGGAAGCAAAGGUUGAUGAUGUUAAGAAGGAAGCAAAGGUUGAUGAUGUUAAGAAGGAAGCAAAGGUUGAUAAUGUUAAGAAGGAUACAAAGGUUGUUGAGGUUAAAAAGGAAGCUCCUGCUAAGAAGGAGGAACCUGUUGCUGCUGAAAAGAAGGUCGAACAUGUUGAUGCCCCUGCAGCCGUUGCCAAGAAGGUCGAGCCUGUUGCUACUACCCCCAAGCCUGCUGCUGCCAUUGAAAAGAAGGUCGAACCCGUUGCUGCUACUCCCAAGCCUAUCGUUGCUGAAAAGAAGGCUGAGCCUGUUGCUGCUAUCCCCAAACCUGCUGUCGCUGAAAAGAAGGUGGAACCUGUCGUUGAGAAGAAGGUGGAGCCUGUCGUGGAGAAGAAGGUGGAACCCGUUGUUGCUGCCAAAAAAGUAGAGCCUGUUGUUGAAAAGAAGGUGGAGCCUGUCGUUGAGAAGAAGGUAGAACCUGUUGUUGAAAAGAAGGUGGAGCCUGUCGUUGAGAAGAAGGUGGAACCUGUUGCUGUAAAGAAGGCUGAACCUGUCGUUGAAAAGAAGGUUGAGCCUGCUGUUGCUGCCAAGAAGGUUGAGCCUGUUGUUUCCACAGAAGCCAAGGUUGAAUCUCUUACAGUGAAUGAUACCAAGAAAUAA